CACAACCACAUCAGUUGCCGAUAAAACGCCAAGCUGCUUCCACGCUCCACGCUGCGCCAAUAAAUCACACGCAUUCCACGACGAAACAUCAAUGUAAUUUUCUUCGCUAUUUCAGCGGCAGCAACAGCAACAACAACAGCAGAAAUAACUAACAACGAAGCGAAAGCAUUCCGCAACGGGAUAAAACACAGUUAACUCCACGCCUCAAGUUGUUCCAGAGUUUUCCAAAAUGUGCCGCUGUUUGCAGAACUGCCUGGAAGAUUGUUACUGGAACUGCUUUGAGGAACGAUUCUGCUAUGAUGAAUCAAUCGCCAACUAUAAUGCCGAAGAGGAUGAGGAGUAUUUGGCCUCCCAGAAGCGUGGCACCAUCAUUGGACGAGUUCAGCCCACGGUGCAAGACAACAAUCAUCUAUUGACAGUUCCACAACCCAUUUGCGACCAGCCAGUGGGCCUAAUGAGCGCCAAAAUUCAUGAGGAGGAUUAUCGGCGCGUGACCCAAACGAAUGUGCCGAUGCUUGGACCGGAGAUAUUGGCAGUGUUUGCCAACUCGCAGAUCUUCCAGGAUCAUCAGCCGACUAAGCUGAAUCGCAUCAGCACAAAGACAUUCUUGGCCGGCGUCCAUUCCCCCAACAAGGAGGCGCCCACCACGCCGCGACUCAGCGAACAGGAGCGCCUUUUGCGCCGCCUCGAAGCUGGUCUACAGGCCGAUGCCACUGACUCCACAAAGGCCGAGCCAAGCGCCGAGGAAGCACCAUCGCCCGAGAAACGGAUUACGUUCACAUUGGCUCCGUCGGAGUCCUCGCCGGAGGGCAGUCAAUCACUGGCGCCGAAAAAGUUCGAGCCCAUUGCCGAGGAAGAGAAGGAGGAUGAGAAGGACACAGACGAGGUGAUCUUGAGACCCCAUCUCAUCGAUCGCCAUCCCCAUCUCUUACCCAGCACGAGCAGCCUCUCGUCCACGCCGAAGCGCACGCUUCGCGCAGCCAAAAGCGUGCCGCAGAUGUUUAUGGCGGACAGUGAUACGGACAUAUUCGCCAUCACGGGCACUGGCAGCCAGAUUAGCAUGACGCCGGAGGUGCCCUCCAUAUCCUUCAGCAAUCUGCCGAAGAACUACGAGGACACGCCGACCAUAGAAAAGUAUCGCGUAUCACAGAGUCUCUACUCCAUACAAAAUGCAAAUGCGGCUCGCGCCUCACAGGAUGAUUACUCCAUGCCGCGUUACUUCCGGCGAUCCAAUAUGCCCCUAGCUCAAAGCACCGAAAUUCUGCCCAGCAGCACAUCGCUGGCCUCCAUCUCGGCAUCAGUGGGUUCGACAUCCUCCUCCAAGGACGAACUGCGCCGCACCGAACAACCCAAGAGCAAACGCCUCCAAAUGCUGCGUGGCAAUCUGCCGCCGCUACUCAUCCAUUCCGUGUCCUUCAAGCGCAAUCGGGAGGAGGGCAAACAAGUCGAUUAGGGCUCUCUACAUCUAAUUAUAUUACUUAUCUUGGCUUCGAUGUGGUUAAGUCAGGCCCAAUGUUGUGGUUGAAAUCUAUGCAAUAACCCAUGGGAAGGCGUAUUGGAUUCGUUUUGUUUCUGUUGAUCGACUCUAUAAUGCAUAUAUACGGUAUUUAUGUUUCUGAUCGAGACUAUUAGUAGCAAUAGUUGGUCUAUUCUUUCGGUCGGCUAAUUUGUCCGUCUGUAUGCUCUGGAAACUUUAAAUGUACUUCGAUUCUCGCAUACAAUAAUGGUUUAAAUCAUCGAUAGCUAGCGAUUAAAAUCGAUAUUAAAUAUAAUUAUUUCAUGCAUUAGCCAUUUCAAAGGUCAAAAUUAUAGAUACGUAAUUAAAUAUAAAUUAUCUAUAUCUCAAAUCAAGAGUUGCUCUAACUCUUUCUCUCUAUUUUUUCGAUUUGUUUAUGUUUUAAUAGCUUGAAUCGUAUUUGCAGUUUCACGUAUUAUCGAUAGGCCUUUUCAUGUCCAUUAAGUUUAAAUACCUUCUGAAGUGUCAUCAGAAAAAAUCAAAAGAAGGUACUUGCUAGUCGGGCAUUACCGACUAUACUCGCUUACAUAUAUAAAUAUUCGUAAAUGUAUACUGAUAUAUAUAACGUAUAUAUCUGAUACAGCUAUAUUCGCGUUUAAAGUAUUUCUUAUAUAUUUCUUUAAAUCGGCUGUACACAAAUUUGUAAUAUAAACCACAUUCGAUAUUACUUAACUAAAAUCGGAAUUCCCUGGCAUAAAUAUAUAUUAGUUGUUCGUCUGUCUGAUUUUGUGCCAACGAGUUUCUUAGCUUUAAAUGCCAAGUGGACACAUGUAUUUACAUAAAUUUUAUAGCUACUAUAAGAUCGAUCAAAGUACGAAAUCUUUUAUGCUCAUGAACAUGUAUAAAAUCUUAUUAUAAUUAUUUUUAGAUUAUUUUUAUAUACACUUAUAUACACAUAUAAACCUGUUAAAAGUCCAUCCAAAAAAAAUUCCAUUAAAAUAAAAAU